CGCGCUUAUGUGGCUGGGCGGCCGCCGCUCUGUGUUGGUAAAUGGGCGGUGGUACUUCGCGCUUUGGCACCUCAUCUUUGCCAGGAUUUGGAGUGGUUGUAGGGGCCCGAUGGCGGAAGCACUCUCGACUAGGGCCGAGGCAGCGGACGCGCUCAGGGCUCCGUCUCAGCAGAACGGCGAAGCAGGUGGCGAUGUGAGGGGUGAACGGCUCACGGAGCCGGUGGGCCCUGAAGUAGAGCUGGCCCAGGGGAGCGCGGAGCAGGCCUCGGCUGCAAUCCCGGGCCCAGGCCCAGGCAAACGCAAGAAGCGGCGAGGCGCGACCGGGGAGCGCGUGGUGCCGCCGCCGAAGAAGCGGCGGACCGGCGUGAGUUUCAGCGACGAGCACUUUGCAGAGACCAGCUACUACUUUGAGGGCGGUCUGCGCAAGGUGCGUCCCUAUUACUUCGACUUCCGUACCUAUUGCAAAGGCCGCUGGGUGGGCCACAGCUUGCUGCACGUCUUUAGCACCGAGUUUCGAGCCCAGCCUCUGGCCUACUACGAGGCUGCCAUCCGGGCUGGCCGCCUACACCUUAACGAGGAGCCGGUACAGGACCUCAGUAUCGUGCUUAAGGACAAUGACUUUUUGCGGAAUACUGUGCACAGGCAUGAGCCACCAGUCACAGCAGAGCCUGUCCGCCUUCUAGCCGAGAACGAAGAGGUAGUGGUUGUGGACAAGCCUUCUUCCAUUCCUGUCCACCCCUGUGGCCGUUUCCGACACAAUACAGUUAUCUUCAUCCUGGGCAAGGAGCACCAACUUAAGGAGCUACACCCACUGCAUCGUCUUGACCGCCUUACCUCCGGGGUGCUCAUGUUUGCCAAGACAGCUGCUGUCUCUGAGAGAAUACAUGAGCAGGUUCGAGACCGGCAGCUGGAGAAGGAGUAUGUGUGCCGAGUUGAGGGGGAGUUCCCCGCCGAGGAAGUGACCUGCAAGGAACCCAUCCUAGUGGUGUCUUACAAGGUGGGAGUGUGCCGUGUGGAUCCCCAGGGCAAACCCUGUGAGACAGUGUUCCAAAGGCUGAGUUACAGUGGCCGCUCCAGUGUGGUGCAGUGUUUGCCACUCACAGGCCGCACCCACCAGAUCCGAGUCCACCUCCAGUUCCUGGGCCACCCCAUCAUCAAUGACCCCAUCUACAACUCAGUUGCCUGGGGCCCCUCCCGUGGCCGGGGUGGCUACAUUCCCAAGACAGAUGAAGAACUGCUUCGGGACCUGGUGGCAGAGCAUCAGGCCAAACAGAGUCUGGAUGUGCUGGAGCUCUGUGAGAGCGACCUGUCCCCAGGACUCACAAACUCAACAGCCCCCUCCUCAGAGCCGGACAAGGACAGUCUGGAAGAGUUGGCUGCAGCUGCCAAGAAGAUGGAUGGAGCAGUUGAGAAAGCCCCUCAAGAUAUGGACAAGGUGGCAGUGGCAUCAGGGGCGGCAGCUGAAGCAGAUGUUGUAAAUCAAGAGACAGAUCCCCUCUGUGCUGAGUGCCGGCUGGUACGACAGGACCCCUUACCCCAGGACCUUGUGAUGUUCCUGCAUGCCCGACGCUAUAAAGGGCCAGGCUUUGAGUACUUUUCACCUAUGCCUGCCUGGGCACAGGAUGACUGGCAAGAAGACUGAGGGCUGUGGCCAUUGGAGGAAUUGAUUUUUGGGUUGGGGCAGGAAUGGGCUGAAGGGGCAGGGGCUGAAUCCAUUGGCUGUUACUCAGGGUCUCUACAGGAAGGAAGAUGGGCUCGAAAGGGACUUGCUCAUACUCGCUACCUCGUUGCUUCCUUUCCUUGGUGUUUGGGACUUUUUGGUUUGUAAAUACAUCCCUCCUUUCUAACA